AUGUCUUAUAAAAAAAAAUCAAAACCCGAUCAAGUCAACGAAGAUGAGGUAGUGAAUGAAAAAACUGAUGAAACUUUUGUAAUAUAUGGCACUCUCUUGCCUGAGCUUGAUUCUGCAAGCUCUGAAGACAAGGGAAAAUUUCAACCAAUUUGGAAACAAGAGGUUCGUGACGAGAAUGGUUUGAGGCGUUUUCAUGGAGCUUUCAAAGGUGGUUGGUCUGCGGGAUACUACAAUACAGUUGGCUCGAAAGAAGGAUGGACUCCAUCCACUUUUGUUUCUUCACGGUCAAACAGAUCCACAAAAAAAGAAAGCUUGCCUCAAGAUUUCAUGGACGAAGAGGAUCUCGAGGAAUUAGGUCAAAAUCAAAAAUUGGUGACAACUGAGGAAUUUGAUUUUUUGGGUUCUACAGAACGCGAAAAAGCACAGAAACAAGCAUUAACUGCCUCUAUUAAGGAAAGCAGAAGCGGAUUUUCGGUUAUUUCUGAACGACUGAUAGAAGAUUUAAUUGUGCCUAGUAAGGAACCUGUAGGUGCGCGUGAGAUUGUUGAAGAAGAUGGGGUGGCGCCAAGGUCAGGGCAUUGGACCUCGUAUUCUGCGAUAAUUAAAUUUGACCAUAAAGUCAAUACUUACGGACUUGGGUUUGAUCCAUAUAAAAAUGCACCGGAAUUUGCUUCUAAAGUAAAAUCAAACUCAAAGGUCGAGCAAAGUCACUUUAAAACAGCAAGUUCAUUGCCCAUGAAAGGCGGAAUUGGUGUCGGUGCUUUAGAAGACGAGGACGAUGAGGAUAUAUACGACACUACUUCAAUUCGAGACUAUCAGACUUUAUUAAUAGAUGAAGAUGAGGAGGCUAUAUUUGUAGGAAGAAAGCAAGACAAAAAACCACAAACUUUCGUAUCCAGUAAAAAAAUAUCAUCUUUGCGAUUAUGUUAUGACGGCAGUGAACCAUUAGCUGGAUUUGUUUUGGCACGACGGCCUCUUCCUCUCAAUAAAUGGCAAUUGAACACGCGCGAUGCUCAUAAAUUAAUCAGGUUCACACCACCGGGGAUACCGACAGGAUUCGUGCCGAUUCACUAUUUUGAUACACCUGGUCCUGCAGAAACUCAAAAAACUAUGCCGAGCGAAACUAGUCAAAAAGUGACUACUUUGGCUAUUAUCGCUGAUCAGCGUGCAGCGAAACUGGGCGAGAAUCCUUUACAAGCUCCUGCACGUUCUGUCUUUGAUUUCGUUUCACGUCGAGACAAAGAGCGGCUCAGUAACUUGAUUGAGGCUCACAUUGAAAUUAAGACGGAAUAUACCGUGCCGCCAAAAUUUGUUAUACCUAAAGUUGAAAAAGAUGUUGCUAUGGCAGCUUUGAGGGGAUUUAUACCAUUUGGUGAUAAUUUACCGAAGCAAACCAGAUAUAAGCAAUUCCUGGAAUAUCAGGCUGGUUUAUCCCAAGUUGAAUUGAGGCUUCCGGAGGAUUAUACUGUUGAUGAAUUUAGCAAAGAACUAGAUGAUUUUGCGAAAGCAGCCCGUAUAUUUCGUCCAAUGUCAAGCAUGAUUGCAUCUCGUUUCGCUAGUGCCAGUCCAUCCUCUAUAAUUCAAGAAUUCAAACAGCCCGAAGGAGGAUUAAGAGCUCCAUCCAGUAAAAAGUCAUCACAAGAAAUAUCCACAACAUUAUCAACCACAACCUCUACCACUGUUGUUGAAGAUUCACGUUCGGCGGCAGAAGCAGCAGCAAAGAUGAACAUGUUUGGUGCUCUCACCCGCACAAGAACAGAAUUUUACCCAAAUCGUCUUUUAUGCAAACGAUUCAACAUUGCAAAUCCACACCCGGAACAUAAAAGUGAUUCGUCGACUGGUAAAACGCAAAAAGGACAGCAACAGCCAUUAAGUAAAGAAAAAAUGGACGAAAUAAUGCAAGAGAGAAGUACAGAGUUAUUUGUGAACAAUCCUAAUAAUAGCAGCGCUCCGACAUUCACUCAAACAAUAACGCAGUCUGAAAGUUUGCAAAAAAAGGUGUCUGAAGAAUCUAAGCUCGAUUCGGAGAAUAAAGAGACGGUAGCUAUCGAUUACGUACGUCCUUCUAUGGAUAUAUUUAAGGCUAUCUUUGAAUCGGAAUCAGAUUCUGAAAGUGAGCAAGAAACUUCAAAUAAAAAGGUUCCGCCAAAUUUAGUCUCUCAUUCGAUAGAUGUACCAAAGCCCGAUGAACCAAUAAGCACUCAAGUCACUAGCAUUGUUUCAGUAUCUUCGUCAUCUCCUAUUAUUAAACAAGAGAAAUCAGAAACAUCAUUUCGACCGAUGUUUAUCCCAAAAUCGGAUAGAGCCCAUGAUCGGACACUACUAUCAUCAACUUCAUCCCAUUUUAAAUCAUCUGAGGCAGCGCCCAAUACUAAAAAAGAUGAUCAUAUAUCUACUACCACUGGACCACUGUCUUUCCUCGAUGAUAUUCCACAAACCGAACCGAAUCGUAAGCGUUCAUUUUCUUCUCGUGAUGAAUCAAAAACCACCAAUGCCAAGGAAGAAAAAUAUAUAUCUUCAUCUGUAAAAGAAACAAAAUCCACUACAGAGAACAUUGCAGAUGAUUCUACCCGUCACCAUGAAGAGCUUCGAAUAUCGCAUCAACAUAUCUCCAAAAAACAAAAGAGAGAUGACUCAGACGACGAAUAUGCUCGUCGCCGCCACAAAGAUCACAAGAAAUCAACUAGCUCCAAGCAGCGUUCUUCCGCUUCUAAAAAACACAAAAAACAAGAUGAUUCAGAUUCAAAUUAUUCUCAGACCGGUUCUUCUGAAAGUAGUAGUAGCGAAAUUGUUCAUCGCCGUCAUAAAGUCAGAUCUAAACGUCAUAAAAAGGAACGCUCGUCUUCGAAGAAGAAAUCCAAAAAACGUUCAGGUAAACAUAAAGACAUAAAUGAUAAUAAAUCAAAUCAUCGGACAAAAAAUUAUCAUAAAGAAGAGAAAAAACGUAUGGCGGAGGAAGAGCCUAAGUAUUAUGUGGAGAGGCAAAAAUCGGAUGAGCAUGUCAGGGAUAGUGGUAGUAGUAGUAGCGCUAUCACUAGAGUUUCGAAACUGCAUCGUCCUAGGGCAAUGGACUAUUGGGAUUAA